AGAUAACACAAAAGGAAAGUUAAAUUUUCUCUUAAAUUCUAUAACAGUGCAGUACUUUGUUGAAAUGCUCUUAUUGUUUAGAUCUCUUUAAAGUUUAAGGCUUAAACUAUAAAAUCUCUACAUUCUGAUAUUCUCUUUUUUAUUGUCUAAAUACAAUGCAAAUAUUUAUAAGCAAAAACAUAUAACAUAUAAAAAUAACAAUAUAUUUUUUCAUUUAAUUAUUAAAAAUAAGAGUUCACUAAUCUCUCUAUGCUGAUAAGACUAAUUCCAGAUAGUGGCCCCACUUUAUACAGACGUACUUUUUGCAACACAAUUUCAAUAACAGUGCAGUUUCAGACUAUGAAGUAAAGCAUAACUUAGUGAAAUGUUUAAUUUAAUAAAUUUUAUUUUUGUUAUAAUCACUACAAUCCUAAGCGUUCUUUUGGCUCUCUAUGUCUAUUUAACAUGGCAUUUUGAUUAUUGGAUAAAAAGAAAAAUACCAGGACCCAAGCCAAGAGUACUGUAUGGUACUUUUCCUGGAACCAUAGAUGGUAAAAGAAAUUUUAUAUAUGAUUUAGAUGAGAUUUAUAGACAAUUCAAAAACAAAGCAAAAUUUGUAGGUGUUUUUAUGACCAGAAGUCCCCAGCUAAUGAUCUUAGAUCCUGAAUUGUGUAAAGAGAUUUUGAUAACAAAUUUUAAAUGUUUUCAAGAAAAUGAAUCUUCAAUACGGACAGAUCGUGUACGAGAACCAAUAUCUGGCAGUAAUCCCUUUGUUUUACCCUUUGAUGAAUGGAAAGUUAAAAGAGCAGAAAUUGUACCAGGAGUUACCUCAUCUAAGAUAAAAGGCAUGUUUCCAAUUAUUGAAAAUGUUUGCACAAAAUUUAGACUAUAUUUAAAAAACGAAAUAAAAAAUGGUACCAGGACCUUUAAUGCAAAGGAGGUAGCUCUUAAAUACACUGGUGAUGUUGUGGCCGAUGUGGUAUGGGGUAUAGACGCUGAAAAUCUGUCCACCACCAAAGAUGUCUCUCAAAAGAAAUCCUCUAUAUUUAACAUGUCCAAAACAAUGAUAGCACAAAAUUUCCAUGCAUUUAAUUAUUAUUUCAUAGCUAGAAUAUUUCCCAUUAUAAGGCGAUUUUACUAUGUACGCUUUUUCCCCGAAAUAACAGAUCGUUACUUUACGAAACUGUCCAGAUCUGCUGUGGAGCUAAGGCAGGCUCAAGAAAAUAACUCUAGACAGGAUUUUCUACAAUAUAUAGUGGAUUUUAAAGAGAAAAAGAACAUUUCCGAUACCCAAAUAACGGCACACAAUUUAACGUUUCUCUUUGAUGGUUUUGAGACAUCGGCUACUUUGAUCAGUCAUUGUUUAUUGUUGCUGGCACGUUAUCCUUUAGCUCAGCAAAAGUUAAGACAGGAGAUACAACAACAUCAUCAUCUUACUUUAAACUCCACCUUAAAUUUUGAUGAUUUAGUAAAGCUUCCCUAUUUGGAACAAUGUGUAGCAGAAACUUUACGUAUAUUUACUCCUUUACCUUUUAUGGCCAAAGUCUGCACACAACCUUGUGAAUUUACCAACAAUGAUGGUGUUUCCCUGCAAAUACAACCUGGAGAUAUUUGUCUCAUUUCCCUGCACUCUAUGCAUCAUGACGAAGAGUUUUUCCCCCAACCGGAGGAGUUUAUGCCAGAACGUUUUGCCGAGGAGAAUGGUGGCACCAAGAAGUACAAAGGCAUGGGUGUAUAUUUGCCAUUUGGCGAUGGUCCAAGAAUAUGUUUAGGUAUGAAGUUUGCUUUAACUCAAGCCAAAGCUGCCAUUGUGGAGGUAAUUAAACAUUUUGAAUUAACGGUUAAUGAAAGAACGCGUCAGGAUAAUUAUCAGUCUGCUGAUUCCUUUAUGAGUGGUUUAGAUGGUGGCAUUUACUUGGAUGUUAAAGAGUUAUAAAAUAACAAAAAAACGGUGGUAAAAAGUUUAAUUAAAUGAAUCUUAUAAAGUAAAAAAGUAGAAAAGAAUAUAAUGACAAAGAUGCCAACGAAAGUGAAAUUUUAUUUAACUCGCUCCACUUAACAUAAUUUUGAAAUUAAGGUUUAAGGGUGGAUAAUAAAACGUCAGUCAACUUCUAAGAGACAUAAAACAUAAUUGAACCAAUUAGGGGGAUGGCAGUCACUAUACACAUCAAAAAUUGUCUUCUGUCAUAAGACCUAAACAAAUCAAUUGCCUUCAAUAUUUAAGCCAUUUAUCAACAAAUAAGAUCUUUGAAUUCAAAAUGUAAGCAAAAACAAAAACCAAUCAGCAAUACUCAGCAAUAUAUAAUAAAAUAUUUUAAUGGAUUAUUUUCAUUUAAUUUUUUUAUUUGAAAAUCAAAUUGAAUGAAUGAAACAAUCGUUCAUUCAUUCAAUCGUUUGUUUUAAAACGUAUACAAAUACUCUCAAUCUUAAAUAAACAUGUUUUCCCAUCUAA